AUGUCAUCUUAUAAUCGUUCUGCUUCUACACAUUAUUUAGAGGUUUGCAUUAGUAGUAUUGGCUAUCAUACUGAACCUCAUACUGUAUUAACCCAUUUUGAACAAUUCGGUACCAUAGAUCAUUACAAUUUCACUUCGCCAGAUGGGAGAGGUUUUAUUUUUAUUACCUAUACAAAUCUUCAAGGUGUCGAUCGAUGUAUGUCUAGUCGACCACAUCGACUCGAUGGUCAACACUUAUACGUGAAACGCGCUGUUCCAUAUACUGAUGACAAUCCCCGUGAACAUAUAGAUACAACACGAGAUCUAUUGAUUGUUGUUGAUUCUAUAAACGUCGAUGAACACUUUCUAAAAUGUUUACGUGAAUAUUUUUCAUCUUACGGCACUCUUUAUGCUUGUAAAUAUUGUCAUGAAGCUAAUUUUGAUUAUAUUCUUGUUGAAUUCGCCGAUUAUGAUCAAGUUGAUCGAAUUAUUCUUGAUAAGCCACAUUAUUUUAAUGAAAAACCUUUGAAUAUUAUGAAAUGUACAUCAACAAAUAAAAUCCUAAUGAAUAUAAAAUAUGCAUCAAAAAAUCCAGAUUCUGUUGAUAUUGAUGAUAAGUUUUUAAAAUUUCAAUACAAUUUAAAAAAUACUAGUUUUCAAAAAAAAGAUGAUUCAAUGAGUGAGAUUGAUCUUGAAAAAGAAGUUAAUCGACUUGAAACUCUUUUAAAGAAAACUACUGAAAAUUUCAACAUUACACGUAAACAACUUGAAGACGAUUGUUGUGAACAGUUAAGAAAACUCAAUGCAGAUGCAAAUAGAACCCAUCAAUUGCAACAAGAUCUUGAACAAGAAUAUACGAAGCUGUUAGUUGAAUAUAAAUCACUAACAUGUGAAAAUGACGGACUCAAUGAACAAUAUUUGCAAGCAGAGUUGGAAAAUUUUGAAAUAACAUCGUAUUACGAACAAGUUCUUGCCGAUGCCACAGCUGAAACUGCUCAACUCGAAGCUGAAUAUACCGAGAAACUUGAAAUUGUGUAUGCAAAUGGCACAGUGACGUCGGCUUCUUCUCGUCCUGCAAGUGUUUCACGAACUUCUACAUCUUUGACACCACCUGCUAUUCCUGAUGAGGACAACGAUGAUAAUGAAGAAUGA